AUGAGUGCAAAGAAGAAGAACAUUAGUCUUUCUAUCAGUGAUAAGAAGCGUGUUAUCAAAGCUUUGGAGGAUGGACAGCCAAGAAAAGACAUUGCUAAGCAGUUUGGGAUUUUGCCCUCUACCUUAUCCAUGAUUUUGAAGAACAAGGAUCGUAUCAAUGCAAGUGAUUCAAGUGUGUGUAAGAAGAGGUCACGUCAGGGUGAAUUUCCGCGUCUUGAGGAGUGCUUACUCAAAUGGAUUCGCCAGUGUAGAGGACAGAAUAUUCCAAUUGGUGGUUUCAUGCUGAAGGAAAAAGCAAAGUCUUUCGCAGAGUCUCUUGGUAUUAGAGGAUUUGGAGCUAGUGAGGGUUGGCUAUCAAACUUCAAAAAUCGACACAGCAUCACAUUCAAGAAGAUUUGUGGAGAGAGCGCCAGUGUGGAUAGCACGGUUUGUAAUGAAUGGACUGAUAAAUUGAAAGAGCUUCUAAACGGCUAUGAGCCUAAAGACAUAUUCAACACAGAUGAAACUGGACUUUUCUAUAAGUGUCUUCCAGACCGCACCCUAACACUCAGGAAUGAAAAAUGUCACGGUGGGAAACAUAGCAAGGAAAGAAUUACUGUUCUCUUAGCAUGCAAUAUGGAUGCAUCUCAAAAGUUGAAUCCACUUGUGAUUGGAAAAUCUGCAAAACCACGGUGUUUCAAGGGGAUAAAAUCGCUGCCCACAAUUUAUCGUUCAAACAAGAAAUCAUGGAUGACAACAGGGUUGUUUAAUGAAUGGCUGAUUUCUGUUGACAGUGAUAUGAAAAAAGAAAAUCGCAAAAUUCUACUGUUUUUGGAUAACUGCAGUGUGCAUAAUAACCCACCACAAUUGGACAAUGUAAAAUUGAUUUUUCCACACUAUAAGUAUCAAGACUACAACCACUGGACCAAGGAACAAUACACCAUUUUAAAACUCUAUAUCGUAGGGAGAUCGUAUCAAUUGUGCUGGAUAGCAUUGAAAAUGGAGAGACAGCGAACCUAA